GAUGAUCAUGUUUAUCAUGCACCUGACGAAAUAUCCUUUGACACACUGUACAUAUCUUGAUGGAGGACACAUUUCACUCAGCAGGUUAUUGUAUUGUUUUUUACACUUGCUAAAAUGUGAAUUAAAAAUGUGAUUCCGUUAUUAAUUUUGUUGUGCAAAAUUUACCCAUUUGCAAAUUUACAUUGUUUGAAUAAUGCUUGUUUGAGUGAUUUACAUUGACUUUGUAUUUGGGUUAAUUCGUAUCAGUGGAAAUCUGCAGCCUUUAAGUUUUCCUUAUGAACUUAGGUAUGUAGAUGUCUGGCAUUUAGGCAGGUCCUCACGGAAAUCAUCUUACUCCCAACCUGAAUUCGGCCUAGCCGUGAAGUCCGUCAUAUUUUCGUGAGCUAUUUGUUUUCAUAGAUUAGAUACUUCACGAUUAUACAAAAUCGGAUUUUCCAAAUAAGAUGCAUAAUGGAUGCUGUCGAAUGGAAAUCUGUAAAAGAUGGAUACUACAAAGAAAGCCUACUCAGAAAACAAGCAUGGAAACGAAACUUAUCAAACUGUUCGUUCAUAUCACCUACUACACCGUGUAUAUUAUGGUGAUUGCGAUGAUUGGACUAAUUUUGCUGGACCCUUGCUCCCCUCCAUUCCUACUCUCGAUGAGGGAGGAUUGCGCUUCUAUUAAAUGGACACGAAUUGGCUUCCAGCACUUCAUUUUUCUUUUCGAGACCUGGAUGAACAUACACGUCUAUAUUGGCGGUACGUUGGAAAUUGUUCACGCACUUUUUGUCGGAAUUGCUUGUUUGCUGAACUAUUUCGAAGUAUUGGGACGAGACAUUGGACUAGCUGAAGGGGCCACCGAUUUGAAAAAAUGUACUCAGGUGUACCGAAGUAUUCAAAUUCUGGAAAAACUGUUCAACGGUUACCUCAUGGUUGGUAUCGUGCCCACACUGAUGCUACUCAUGCCUGCGGCACAAGUGCUUACACAGUUCGUGUCCAUCAUGAUGCAUGCAGAUAUCCCGAUGCCGUCGUUUCUGAUGUUCCCGCUCGUUUGGUUGAACAGUGUGAUGACGAACAUACUAGUGUUCACGCUAGCCUCCUGGGUGAAUAAUGUGUCUACUAAGAUCUUGAGGAAGCAGGUGGAUGCUAUUGUACAGCAAGGAUAUGGCGCGAGGCGAUCCGUUCUAAUGAAAGAGGUCAAGGCUUGUACCGCCCUCAAGAUAAAAUUCGGAUCAAACUUCAUUGAUGGCGGGACGCCGUUGGUAAUUCAAAAUUUCUGCCUAAACCAAACAUUAUCGCUAAUUCUGAUCAGUUCUGCAAGGAGAACGGGAUAAUACACUCUAAAUAAAUUUGAUUAAAAUUUACUCAAGGUUGAGUAGAAUUUACGAUGACACAACUGGUUGAGUAAAAUUUACACUACGAAAGUUAGAAUUUAUCCAACGUUGUGGAAUUUUAGCUCAACCUUGAGUAAAAUUUACCUUCGUCGGGUAAAUUUUGCACAACCCGUUGUGUCAUCGCAAAUUUUACUAAACUUUAUUUGGAGUGUAUGAAUUGUAUUUGUGUACCCUUUUAAAAAUUGAAGGAGGCUAUGCUUAUUAUGCAAUUUUUAAUUGUCACCAAAUUGUGCCCUCAUACUCUUAAAACUUUCCAUCGCUCAAAUAAGCCCAUCACUGAUUUUUUCCAAAAUUCUGGAAGUUACAUACACACUCAAAACAACACGGUGUCAAUAUAUGACUUAACCGCCUUGGUUACAAUUGUGAUUCCGAGUAGUAAUUAAUUUUUUCCGUCCGGUCAUAACAUUAUAACCGGUAUCAAAAUCAUCCAAACUCGGAUUCAAUAUUGUAACCAAGGCGGUUAAGUCACAUAUUGACACCGGCGGUGUUGACUCGACAAAUUUUUAUUUUGAGUGCAUAUUACACAUACAAGUUAAUAAAAGUAACGUGUUUUUUUGUAUGACAUGAAUACAGAAAACGGUGUAUGUUUAGUGUCAGUGGGGUGUGGUUCGACCUCGUCAUAAUUAACUUUAAGCUUAUGUCUCACCAUUUUUUAAUUCGAAUUUACCAUCCAAAUUUAGUCUUGUCAUGGUGAAAUAGAUUGA